ACGUCUCGAUUCGAUUGUAAGAAUUUUUGUUAAACGCGAACUCCGAUAAUCUUUCUCUAAUCUCCGAUCGUGUUUUCUUAGUGAGAUGUCGGAAGAGAAGGUAAAAGACGAAGCGAUGCAGAUAAUGGGAAUGUUUCAAAUUCUUCCGAGACUUGUCGUCUUUGAUCUCGAUUAUACUCUCUGGCCUUUUUACUGUGAAUGCCGUUCGAAACGAGAAAUGCCGUCUAUGUAUCCACAAGCAAAGGGUAUACUGAGUGCUCUGAAAGAGAAGGGUAUUGAAAUGGCUAUUGCUUCGAGAUCUCCUACUUCAGAUAUUGCCAACACAUUUCUUGAUAAAUUGAACAUUAAGCCCAUGUUUGUCGCCAAGGAAAUAUACUCAAGUUGGAGUCACAAGACGGAACAUUUUCAGAAGAUACACACAAGAACGGGAGUGCCUUUUACUGCGAUGCUCUUCUUCGAUGAUGAGGACAGAAACAUUAAAUCAGUUUCGAAAAUGGGAGUGACAAGCAUCCUUGUGGGUGAUGGCGUUACGCUUGGAGCAUUUAGACAAGGGCUCACUGAAUUUACUCAAAAUCAUAACAGUAUCGAGAAGAAUAAACAGGUUUGGCGCAACAAGUAUUCCGGAAAGUCUACAUCAUCGGAUACGGACAAAGAUUGACAUUCAUUUCCGGUUUGAGCUCGAGUGUUCUGAUCCAUCGGACACAAAACAUUCUCGAGUGUUGUAUCCACUAUUUUUUACUACAUGGAUAUGUCGAGAUUUGUAUUGAACUAGAAUGAUUAAUCUAGACUUAAAACAUGCUCUUCUCGAGAAAAUGCAGAAAACAUUGGAUUGACUUCUAUUUUUGUGUUAACAAACACACUUAGAAAUU